AUGCUGCCGGUGGUCGCCAGGCUCGUUGGCGGAGCAGUGCCACGUGCCUCUGGAAGUGUUCUGCGAGCUCAAGCACUUCGGCCCUUGCUUCAUUCGAAGCACAGGUGCUUCUCCAUGCCUGCCAUGGCCAAGGUGGCCAAAGACCUGCAAGCUGAGAUCAGCCACGAGCAGGAGCAGUAUCAGCAGGCGAAGGAAAUCCAGAAGUUUCUUAAGAGCUCGGACUUCAAGCUUGUUGAGACCGAGGGCGACGUCAACAUGCAGCUGGAGCGGACCGCCGGAGACAAGCAGGUGACGAUCGAGUGGCAGCUCACCAGCCCCUUUGACCCCACGGCUGAUGUGGAAGGUGGUGACCAGGAUGCUGGCGCCGAGUACGAAGCCACAGACUUCUGCAUCACCCUCGAGAGCAAGUCCAGUGGUGCUGGCGUGUCCUUCUACUGCAGCACGCAGACGGGCGAGGACCAUCGCUAUGUCAUUGGCAAUGUGAAAUCCUUCGCGAGCAAGGAGGAGAAGGACAGCAUGAGUGCCUACAACGGCCCGGAGUUCGAAGACAUCGACGAGAAGUUGCAGGAGAGCUUUGACGAGCUGUUGGCCGAGGCGGGCAUUAACACCGAGUUGUGCGACUUCAUCGAUGCCAUGGCACUGGAUAAGGAACAGCGAGAAUACAUCCGAUGGCUCAACAACGUGAAGGUGUUCAUGGAGAAGUGA